AUGAGUACUCCCCAGCUUCAGAAGAUCCCUGCACCCAGUGUGGUUGUUACGAAGAUGAUGCCUCCACCUCCAGCUCCCAAAAACAUUGUGUUCAAAAAGACUACCACUGAUAAGUCGAUCGCUGUCUACUUGGGCAAACGAGAUUUUGUGGAUCAUGUCAGUCAUACAGAUCCUGUGGAUGGUGUGCUUGUAUUGGACACAGGCUACAUAAAGGAUAGAAAAGUGUUUUGCAGACUUCUCUGUGCAUUCCACUACGGACGAGAGGACGUAGAUGUUUGCGGGUUGAAGUUCAGAAGAGAUCUGUAUAUGACCACAGUUCAAGUCUAUCCUCCACCAUCAGGUGAAAAGCCUAAACCCCAGACCAAGCUGCAAGAACGUUUAGCAAGAAAGUUUGGAGACAGAGCUUAUCCAUUCUGUUUUCAGUUCCCAGACUAUCUGCCCUGCUCUAUAACCUUGCAACUGGGUCCAAAUGAAAUUGACAAGUGCUGUGGAGUGGACUUUCAAGUCAUCGCAUUCUGUGCGAAGAGUUGCAGCUACGAUGAAAAAAUCUCCAAAAAGAGUUCUGUGACCAUGGUUAUCCGCAAAGUGCAGUAUGCUCCUGAUAAACCAAUUUUUCAGCCAAUGGCUAGAACGAGCAGACAGUUCCUCAUGUCAGACAAACCUCUUCACUUGGAAGCGACACUCAAUAAAGAGAUCUUUUACCAUGGUGAACCUGUUCAAGUGAAUGUUGAGGUGAUCAACCAUUCCAACAAGACUGUGAAGAAACUCAAAAUAACAGCUAAUCAAAUUUCAAAUGUGGUCCUAUACUCACAUGACGAGUACAGCCAGACAGUGGCUGAACAGGAAGUGGAGGAACAGAUCAGUCCAGGUUCUACUCUGAAAAAGGUCUACUCGCUCUAUCCCAUAAUUGCCAAUAACCGUGAGAAGCAUGGCUUGGCCCUGGAUGGAAAACUCAGACAUGAGGACACCAACUUGGCUUCUACCACCAUCUUAAAGGAAGGAAUAGAUCGGGAAGUUUGGGGAAUUCUUGUUUCCUAUAAAGUUCAGGUGAAGCUAAUUGUUUCUGGAAUGCUGGGAGAUGUGCUGUUCAGUGACGUCGCUGUGGAAUUACCUUUCAUGCUCAUGAAUCCCCCACGAGAGGCCUCAACUGUGCUGAUGGCGAUGACAUUGACUUUGAGGACUUUGAUAGUCGUGGCCCAAUGGCAGUAA